CAUUCACUAACACUUCUCCCCACCACACACAGCAAUAAUGAUUCGCCGGAAUGCACGCGAAAGGCGCGACUUCCUCUACCGCAAGCAGCUCGAGCUUCAGAAUGCGCAGGUUGCAGAAAAGCGAGCGAAAUUGAAGGCAGCGCUUGCCAGUGGAAAGCCAUUGCAAAAAGACAUUGCCGAUGAUGCGCAGCUUCGAAAAGACUUCAAGUACGACGAAUCGCAGCUGGAAGGCGACGAGGCCUUUGUAGACGACGAGUACGAUGCGCUGUCGGGAAUCGUGGACCCUAAAAUCAUCAUCACGACGUCUCGCGACCCGUCGUCCCGUCUAAUGCAGUUCGCCAAAGAAAUCCGUCUUCUCCUACCGAACUCUAUACGCCUGAACCGUGGAAACACAGUCCUUCCCACGCUGUGCCAGUCCUGUCACUCUACAUCAACAUCGGACCUUGUUCUGCUGCACGAGCACAGAGGUACGCCGACGUCGAUCACGAUUUCGCACUUUCCUCACGGUCCGACAGCCAUGUUCUCCCUCCACAACGUUGUUCUCCGCCACGACAUCCCAGAUAGCGCAAAAGGAACUGUCAGUGAGAGUUACCCUCAUCUGAUCUUCGAGGGAUUCACUACGCCACUGGGAAAGAGGGUGGUUACCAUGCUGAAGCAUCUGUUUCCACCGAGGGAGGCUGCCAAGAUGAACGAGGGAAGCAGAGUGAUCACUUUCGCGUUAACGGACGGCGACUACAUCAGCGUGAGACACCACGUGUACGUCAGGACCGGAUACAAGAGUGUGGAACUCGCCGAGGUCGGUCCACGGAUGGAGAUGAAGCUCUUCGAAAUUCGCCUCGGUACAGUAGACAACAAGGAUGCGGACUACGAGUGGCGACUGGCAAACUACACCAGGUAUGUUUUUUUUCUAUGAUGGUUACGGGUGAUACGUUGUAAUGGUGCUAACCUGCAUGUUUCUUAGAACUGCGAGAAAGAGGGAUUU